AGCGCCUUCUGUAUUACUUUUACAUCUGUAGCACAUGAAAACGACGUCGUCCGUCAAUUUUGGUGCCCGUUAUGAGAAACAUCAUCAUCAUCAGUGAAUCAGUGAUUAUACAAAAUUAAAAAAAAAAAUUAAGAGGAAGGGACUGAAAGCGAAAUAGUCGCAAAUAAAAAAGAUCGCUGUUUGUUUGUUUCUUUUUCUUAAUUUCUCUGCUUAAACUCUGGGUUUUGGGUUGGGGAGGAGAGUUGAAAUCUGAGAUAGAGACGAAGGCUAAUCGCAGAGUCAGACCUCGUCUUCUUCGUUUGACUCUCUUCUAUCAGUGAACUACAUUGAUAGAAGCCAUGGAUUCCGAUUGCUACUAGCAUUUCGCUCCCUUUCUCGAUCCCUCCCUCACUCUUCCUUCUCUUUCUCUCUCUCUCUUACCUUCAUUCCACUGGUUCCGAUCCACAAUGGCUUCGAGGCGGGGAACGCCAGCGGCUGCCGCCCUGAGGGGGCGAGGCGGUGCUGGAUCUCGAUUUCCUUUUGUCAUUCUUGUUUUCUUCGCGAUGCUUCUCGCCCCCUUGAUUUUUUUCUUCGGCCGUGGGCUCCACACCUCUUCUUAUGACAAUGAUGUUUUACCUAUCCCUGAAAAACAGGGUGUGGGUUGGAGAGAAAGGGUCGCAACGCAGCACCUAAAAUACCUUUUCUCAAAAGAGGUCAUCGAUGUAAUCAUAAACAGCACAAAGGAGACAGGACCGUAUAGCCUUGAUUCUUUUAGAAAAAAUAAUUUGUCUGCUUCAUGGAAAUUUGUUGGGGUAGAUGCUUCAAUUGUUACUAAUUCUGAGGUAAACCAAACAGCGCCAGAAUUUAGACAAGAAAGGCCAAAAAUCAGUAGGAACAAUUCUUCCGAUCAUUACAGUCAAUCUACUGACUCACCUGCAAAAUUAGCCCGAAGGCAAUUGAGGGAGAAAAGACGUGACAAGCGUGCUUCUGAGUUGGUACAACAGGAUGAUGAGGCAAUUGUAAAACUUGAAAAUGCUGCCAUUGAGCGGUCCAAGUCUGUUGACACUGCAGUUCUUGGCAAAUACAGCAUUUGGAGGAGAGAGAAUGAGAACGAGAAUCCUGAUUCUACGGUGCGGUUGAUGCGGGACCAAAUCAUAAUGGCAAGGGUUUAUUUAAGCAUUGCACAGAUGAAGGGGAAGCUUGAUUUAUAUCAAGAACUACAGACCCGGCUCAAAGAGAGCCAGCGUGCCCUGGGAGAGGCUAGCUCCGAUUCUGAUUUACAUCAAAGUGUGCCCGGGAAACUAAGGGCUAUGGGCCAGGUUCUAUCGAAAGCCAGAGAGCAACUGUAUGAUUGCAAAUUGGUAACAGGGAAACUGAGAGCAAUGCUUCAAACUGCUGAUGAACAAGUGAGGAGCUUGAAAAAGCAGAGCACAUUUCUGAGCCAGUUAGCUGCCAAGACAAUUCCAAAUGGAAUCCACUGUUUGUCAAUGCGCCUCACAAUAGAUUACUACCUCCUUCCUUUAGAGAAGAGAAAGUUCCCUAAGAGUGAGAAUUUUGAAAAUCCAAACCUUUAUCACUAUGCACUGUUCUCGGACAAUGUCUUGGCAGCAUCAGUCGUAGUCAACUCAACUGUCAUGAAUGCUAAGGAUCCUUCAAAACAUGUAUUCCACCUUGUAACAGAUAAACUUAACUUUGGAGCCAUGAAUAUGUGGUUUCUGUUGAAUCCACCUGGAAAAGCCACAAUACAUGUUGAAAAUGUUGAUGAGUUUAAGUGGCUGAAUUCAUCAUAUUGCCCAGUUCUGCGGCAGCUGGAAUCCGCUGCAAUGAAGGAGUAUUAUUUCAAGGCUGGACAUCCAACUACCCUUUCAUCCGGGGCUUCUAAUCUCAAGUACAGGAACCCAAAGUAUCUCUCUAUGCUUAACCAUUUGAGGUUCUAUCUCCCACAAGUUUAUCCCAAGUUGGAUAAGAUACUAUUUCUUGACGAUGACAUUGUUGUCCAGAAAGAUCUGACUGGAUUGUGGUCUGUGAAUCUUAAUGGAAAAGUAAAUGGUGCUGUGGAAACUUGUGGUGAGAGCUUCCAUCGAUUUGACAAGUACUUAAACUUUACAAAUCCUCAUAUUGCAAGAAACUUCGAUCCCAAUGCAUGUGGGUGGGCGUAUGGAAUGAACAUCUUUGAUCUUAAAGAGUGGAAAAAUCAGGAUAUUACAGGCAUAUAUCACAAGUGGCAGAACAUGAACGAAGAUAGGGCUCUUUGGAAGCUUGGGACAUUACCACCAGGGCUUAUUACAUUCUAUGGAUUGACACAUCCACUUGCAAAAACAUGGCAUGUUCUUGGUUUGGGUUACAAUCCAAGUGUUGAUCGGUCUGACAUUGAGAAUGCAGCAGUCAUACACUACAACGGCAACAUGAAGCCGUGGUUGGAGUUGGCAAUGACAAAGUACAGAUCAUACUGGACCAAGUACAUAAAAUAUGAUCAUCCCUACCUCCGCAACUGCAAGCUAAGUGAAUAAACCUCUAAUGGAGCCCUUCUGAAUAUGGUAAAAAAAAAAACUUUUUUCUUCCUAAAAUGGAAAAGCAAUUCUAGUUUGCUUUAGGAUAAGGGAUGGGUUUUACAUACUGUAUGAUGUUAUUUUCUCCUAUUUUUCCUUCUUUUCCCUCCACAUUGUUUAUUCCUCCUUUUUUAAUUCAUUCGAUUUGUUAGCCCUCACCCAUUAGUACAAGGUAUUUUACAAAUUCUUUUGCCUUGUUGACCUGUAAAAACUCCACUUAUUUUGCUUUGGAGCUAAGAUAUGAACACUAAUAGGAAUUGAAUGUCAGUUGCUCUA